ACUCACACACUCUUCGUGUUCUCCGUCCCCUUCUCUCUCUCUCUCUCUCUUCCUUCGUCUUUCCCUCUCUUUCUCUCUUUCAUUUCUUUUCGUUCAUCCAAUAUCAGAUCUCUAGCAGAGACAAUGGCUUCGGUCACAGGAACAUCGGUGUCCAUGAGCUCUCUUUCUAGCUCUUUCAAGCCCACCCUCGCUCUUACCAGCAGGGUCAAUCUAAACUCGGUCUCAUUCCCAUUGCUUAGGUCAAACUGUGGACGCCUUCAAGUUUCAUGUGCUGCCAAACCCGAGACAGUGAAGAAAGUUUGUGAAAUAGUAAAGAAGCAGCUAGCUCUACCAGAGGACCACGCUGUCACUGGAGAAUCAAAAUUCGCUGCACUCGGAGCUGAUUCUCUUGACACGGUUGAGAUUGUGAUGGGACUUGAGGAGCAAUUUGGUAUCAGUGUGGAAGAAGACAGUGCCCAGAGUAUUGCUACUGUUCAAGACGCUGCAGAUCUGAUUGAAGAACUCGUUGCCAAGAAGGCUUAAAUUAGCUUAGAUAAAAGUAGUAUAUGUUUCUUUGAGAUCGUUUUUCGUUUUCUUGUCCCUCUCUCUCUCUCUCUCUCUCUCUCUCUUUUUUGGCCAUUUAUUUUACUUUUUUUUUUUUCCUUUGUUGGUUUUCGAAAUUAAAGCUUGUCAUGGAACUCACAUGCCUCUAUUAUGUGACAAAAAAUUUCCUUGUUCUUAUUUAUUCUUAAUAUUUAAGGUAAUGCUAGGAAGCUUUUCCAAAAA